GGCUGGAUGUGGGCUGUUGGAGACUCCAGGGGGGCAGCAGGGUAUGUGUGUGUUUGUGAGAGUGUUUGAGGCUCGUCGAGCAGCAGGGGAACUUGAAAACUUCACUGCGUUCAGCGAGGGUCGUCUGUGUACGGAGACUCAGCGACUAGGAGCUGAAUCCGCUGCUUUACAGUCCAGCUGUGAUCGACAGAGGAGGACCGGUCCGGUUCUCAGCAUAGGGACGAUUUCCGGCCAACAUGGAUGAUUUAGAUGCUUUGUUGGCGGACCUUGAGUCCACAACAUCCCACAUUUCCAAGCGUCCGCUCUUCCUGUCUGACGAGACUGCUUACUCCUUCCCUGUUGGGGGUCAGACUCAGCAAGACCUCUGCUCUCCACCCCAAGUCCCACCUACUCCCACUGAGCAAACCCUAAACGGACUUGAUGAAACAGAGUCCUCCUCAGCUCAGAGAAGUCCCUGGUCUAGAGAUAGCAGCAGUCCAACUCAACCCAUUGGUGAAGAGGACCACGUAUACAGUUUCCCUAAUAAGCAGAAGAGUAGUGAGUCAUCAGCUGUUGCCAUGAACUCAUCGAUGGGCAGCAACCUGUCUGAGCUGGACCGCCUGCUGUUGGAGCUCAAUGCUGUCCAACAAAGCACCCCUGCCUUCGCCACAGAAGAAGAAGCAGCUCCUCCGCUGCCUGCCAGCAGCAUCAUCCACAGCGUCCAGGAGAAUGGCGUCUCUACUGCAGGCAAGGUUCCUCCACCUGUGCUGGACAAGCCCAAACGCAGUGCAGGAGCUCGAGGAAUCGAGGAUGUACGACCAAGUGUAGAGAGCCUUCUGGAUGAGCUGGAAAGUUCCGUGCCCUCACCCAUUCCCACACCGUUGGCUGUGUCAGACGAACCAACAGAUGGACAAGAGGAAACACCAUCACAGCAGCAAGCCCGAAUGUCUGCCUCCUCUGCCACACGAGAGCUGGAUGAGCUAAUGGCCUCCCUGUCUGACUUCAAAGUCCAAAGCAAUUCUGACUCUCAGUUGUCUGUGAAUCAGGAGGCUGUAGACCCUUCAUUGGAAGCUGGUUCCCUAGUAACUGCUCCAUCUAUAAAUCCUAAUAUUGGUUCAGUGGAUACUCUUCUACCUUCUAGUUUCACUACUCCCUCGUGUACUCCUCUUCCGUUGGAACUCCAUAUAGAUGAAGAUGGUUGUUCAGCCCCUUCAUCUUCAGCUGGUUCCACUGUAGUCAUUACAGCAUCUAAGAGCCUUCAGUACUCACAGAUCCAACAGAUGGAUGAUGGUGGCAGUGUCACCUCUGAGAUCUCUCAUCUGGAGAGCCUCAGUAUCUCUAGUACCACAAAGCCUCCUAGUCAAACUGAAGGCAGCAGCCCUACACAUAUGGCAGUCACUAAAGUCUCUGCUAGUAAAGUCUCAAGUCCACUUGAGAAAAGCCCUGUUACUGUUGGGAAAAGUUCUAGUCCAGUUCCCACUGCCAGGGGCUCCAGUCCAGUAGUUGUUUCCAAGAGCCCUAGUCCUGUUACUGUGUCCAUAAACCCUAGUCCCAUUCAUAGAACCAAGAGUCCUAGUCCCCCUGAUCUUAAAUGCUCCAGUCUAAGUCAGUCUGACAAGAACCCAAGCCCAGUCCCUAAAAGUCCAGUUCCCAUAAGUCAUAGUCCAGUCACAGUUCCAAGGCUUUCAAGUCCUGUUCCAAAAAGUGCAAGUCCAGUGAUGCUCCCUGAUAUCUCCAGUUCAGUAACCGCCCCAAAGAGCGCAAGUCCAGAAACAGUUCCCAAGUGUGCUAGUCCAGUGUCAAUUCCAAGACUUUCAAGUCCAGUUCCAAAGAUUGCGAGUCCAGUGACAGUCCCUAAUAUCUCUAGUUCAUCAGGCGUACCCAAGAGUUCUAGUCCUGAGACAUUGCCAAAGAAUGCUAGCCCAAUAAUACUCCCAAGGCUUUCAAGUCCAGUGACAGUUCCCAAAAGUCCUGCUUCAGUCAUCAGAAAAAGUUACACAAUUACAGGCGCCAGCAGUCCCAGAGCUUCACCAGUUCCAUCUGUCAAUGUACCAUCAAAUAGCCUGUCUUCCCCUCUUACACAAAAGAAAGGAGGUGAGAUGCUGGAUGUAACAUGGCCAUGUCGGGAGCCUUUAUUAGAUGAAGCUUUAGACAGACUCUUAGCCCCUGACUCCACCCAACUGAGUAUGAACCAGCCACCUGCUUCCAUUAUGCCUGGAGAUGAAGACAGAUCUUGGGAGGAAGAAGAUGGAAUUUACCCUGAUCUCAGCCGAGAGGGAACCCUGACACCCAUGACUGAGUCCAGCUGGAUGGACGAGUGUUUCACCCCCUCCACCUGCCCCGGGACACCAGAUGCAACGCUGGACCUUCCCACACAGCAGCCCUCUGCUGUCGAGCGACUAUCAGCUUCUGGCCAACUCAAGUCGGUUAUCCGCCGCACCAAAGAGACCUCCAAUGUGCAUCCAAUGUUCAGGGAGGGAAUGUUGCGACGCAAAAUGGGACCGAUCAUUGUGAAUAAGAG